GGAUGACGAAACGUGGCCAGAGAAAUUUGAAAUCCAGUAAAUAACUAUCUUUAGAAAAUUUUGCUUUAGACAUGGUAUAGAAACAUCAGAAUUUUUUCUCUAUCGAGAACCUGUUGUAUAUUUUGUGAUGGAUGAGGAUGCUUUACGUGGGUUGGACCCUCGAGCUGACCCACAGCUCCAGACUAGGGCUCUCCAGUACUUUGAACAACUGAAAACUUCAGGAGAUGGAUGGAAGCUAUGUGCCACAGCAUUUACAAAUGGAAGUUACUUUGGGAACGAUCAUGUGAGAUUUUUCUGCCUUCAAGUGAUUGAGCAUUAUCUAAAAGUAGGAUACAGGGAGGCAGGCAUUGAGGAACAACAGAAUGUAAGGAACCUCAUAUGUACCUGUCUGCAGCUAUUGGGAAAUGAGACAAACCAAGACCGUAGUUUUCUAAGAAACAAAGUAGCCCAGAUUGCCUCCCUUGCCUUUGUUAUGGACUACCCCCACCGCUGGCCCUCGUUCUUCAACGACCUGAUUGGGAUCCUGUCCCCCAGCGCCAAGGCUGUGGACAUCUACCUCCGAGUGUUACUAAGUAUAGACAGUGAGGUGGUAGACAGGGAAAUCGUUCAUACUUAUGAGGAGAUCCAAAGAAACACUGUCAUUAAGGAUGCCAUGAGGGAACAGAGUGUGGUACAACUAACAGAGACAUGGUACACUAUACUGACCCAGUUUCAGUCCAGUAACCCUGAGGUUACCUGUAUGUGUCUGGACGUCAUCGGGAAGUUUGUCACCUGGAUAGACAUCAAUCUCAUCGCCAACGAUAAAUUUGUACAGGUGCUGUUAGAGUUUAUGUCCAUGCCUCUACUGCGGGAGAGUGCAUGUGAUUGUAUCCAUGACAUCAUAAACAAAGGCAUGGAACCAGUGGCCAAGACAAAACUCAUAGAGUCCUUCACCUCCAUCUUACAAGUCAGGGGAAUCUUCAACCCUCAAGAGGAGGAGGAGGGGGAUUAUUUGUCCAAGCUGUCUAAGCUGAUCAAUGGAAUCGGAGUCAACCUUAUCAUCAGCUGGCAAAAAUUACAGAAGUCAGACGACCAGGAAAAUAGCCAGGUUACCAUGGCAGCUCUGGAGGAGAAGGUACCGCUGAUGUUCCGUUUCCUCGGUGACGAGGAUGACGACGUAUCGGGGGCCGUAGUGGCGUUUGUACAGGAAUACAUCGGAGUUCUGAAACAACUGAAGCAGCUGUCUCCAAAACACAGAGAACACAUCGAGGGACUUUUGUACAUUGUGAUAAAGAAGAUGAAAUAUGAUGAUUCCUACAAUUUCGAGCAUGAGGGGGAAGAAGAGGCCAUGUUUCAGGAAUACAAGAAACAACUGAAAACCAUCUUCACAAACCUGGCAGCUCUGGAUACAGAGCUGAUGGUGGUGACUAUACAUAACCUGGUCAGUCAGACCCUGCCCCGGUGGGAGGCUAUGAAGGUGUGUGACAUUGAGGUAGCCAUCACAAUGCUGUACAUGCUGGGGGAGGCUCUACCAGGUUCCCAAAGUCAGCAGUUUAAUCCUGAUAUUUCCAAGGCCAGUCCCCUUCAAAACAUGAUGAGGAUGCUCAUCACUAGUCGAGUCAGCUGUCAAGGUCACAUGAUUGUGGAGCUGCAGUUUUUCGAGACCGUCACACGAUAUGAAAAGUUCUUCCUUGCUGAGCCACAACACAUUCCUGACGUACUGAUGGCUUUCACUGAUGAACGAGGAUUUCGUCAUGAAUCGGCUCAAGUCAGAAGUCGGACUUCCUAUCUGUUUUCGAGGUUCAUUAAAGGACUGAAAGGACAGUUGAAUCCCUAUGUUGAGGAUGUGCUGAGUCGCGUUCAGGAUUUACUGGUUCUCAACACACCAGACAACGGGUACCAGCAUCUCCUGUCCAAUGAGGACCAGUUAUUUAUCUACGAGACUGUCAGCAGUCUUAUUGUCUCCAGUAGUCUUUCUCCAGAGAGAAAACACCACCUUAUGAAAGAGUUACUUUCGCCUAUAGCCAGUAAAUUUGAGAGUUUGUUGAACAAGCUUCAGGUGGAGACAGAUGAAAAACGACAGUACGCCUACGCUCAGAGCAUCAACAUGGCAACAUCACUAGCCAGUCGAGUGAGUAAAGGUUUUUCUAGUCAGCAAACCAUGCAGGCCUGUGGCUGUGUGGAAACAUUUACAGACCUGCUGAAGAUCUUCCUCCAGGCCGUGAACGUCCCCACCCACCGACAGCUGAUACAGAUGGGGGUCAGGCAGUACCUCCACCGGAUGGUGGUCUGUCUGGAGAAGGAGAUCCUCCCGUUUGUCCCCGUCGUCCUGGAGAACCUGCUGAAACAGCCCGAGGCCAAGGAACUCCACGACUUCUUACCUCUGAUGAACCAGUUAAUCAUGAAAUUCAAAUCUGCCAUAGUUCCCUUUCUACAACAAGUGUUCAUGCCUUUAGUCAGCACCAUCUUCCAGGUCCUGACGACCCCAACAGAUGACCUUGAUCAGGUCACGGCCGUGGAGAAGAAGAUGCUACAAAGAAGUUACUAUUUAUUUCUGUCCACCAUUAUAUCUAAUGACUGUCUGGACGUCCUCAAAAACCAAGAGAUGAAUAACCUUCACAAUUUACUGGUGACUAUUGUCCAAGGGGCCGCAGACAUUCCAGACCCACAGAGUCAAAAAAUGUGUUACAACAUCAUGAGAAAGCUGAUAGAGACUUGGGGUGGAAACAAUGGGUUGGUGGGCUUUGUGGAUUUUAUGUACAAGAGUUUUCUACCUGCCUGCUUCCUUGGUCCCAUGAAACCAACAUUUGAUUUGAAUGAUGGACAAACCUCAUUGGCACUGGGAGAAUGUGCACAUUGUCUGAAAAGUAUGGUUGAUAAGAGGGGCCAGGAGUUCUUAACUUACCUGUCCACGGAUUACCUGCCUAAACUUAAUGUACCUGCUGAAAACGUCCAGGAAUUCUGUGAAGCUUUAAAGACAGACUAUAAAACUUUUAGAACAUAUUUAAAGAAUUUUUUCGUAAAGGCAAAGUCAUGACACAGGAUAGGACUCGGAAAGGGAGAUAACUUUUACCAGUGUAGAUAUUAGAUAGCGGCCAUUCACAUUGUUGAUGCAAGCUGCUUUGUACUACCAAAGAAAACUCUGAUCAUGGCUUUUCUGUGUGGCAAAUUAAAAAUAAAGGCCUAAGGAGAGAAAGGGAUUUUUGGUUGUGUGGAGUCAUUGUGUUCUUGGUUGUACUGAGGAAGCUGCAUUUCAUCAUUUUUCAUUUGCUAUUUGUUAUUUUAUAUCAUUGAAAACAUUAAAAUAUCACAAUAUUGAUACAUGUUUGUAUGUGUUUGAGAAUGAUUUUCAUAAAUUAAACUACAGUAACAAUUAAAAAUAUCCUGGUACAUGUAUUACUGUUUGUUUGAAAGGAGGACAUGUUCAUUUAAAAAAUGGUGCACUGCAAUGUUUUAAAUGUUGAAAUGUGUUUUGUUUGACAACCUAUUGUUAUUUUUUGCAUUCUUUGAGUUUUGUUAGAGAGAGAGUGAGAGAGAGAGAGAAAGUGAGAGAAAGAGAAAGGGAGAGGGAGAAAGAGACUUGAUAGAUGGUUGGAGUGCAAUGUCGCUGAGCUUAGAUUUCAAACCCUGUAAAAAUUAUCAAGUACAUAACUGAAGUAGUCUAAAAUGAGGUUCAUGAAUGUUCUGUAAAGCCUGUGCUUUAAACAAGUACAGUGAUACAGAAUUUUUAAAAAAAGUACCAUUCACAAACUUUUGAUUUGAUUGGCAAAAAAAAUCACAUACCCAAUCAAAUCUAAUGUCUUGCUUUUUAGCUCACCUGAGCCGAAGGCUCAAGUGAGCUUUUCUGAUCACAUUUUGUCCGUCGUCCGUCCGUCUGUCCGUCUGUCCGUCUGUCUGUCUGUCUGUCUGUCUGUCCGUCCGUCUGUAAACUUUUCAACUUUUCGACUUCUUCUCAAGAACCACUGGGCCAAUUUUGACCAAACUUAGUACAAAGCAUCCUUGGGUGAAGGGGAAUUUAAAUUGUUAAAACAAUGGGCCAAGUCCCCUCACAAGGGGAGAUAAUCAAGAAAAGACAAAAAUAGGGUGGGGUCAUUAAAAAAUCUUCUUCUCAAGAACCACUGGGCCAAUAAGGCUGAAACUUAUGUGGAGGCACCCUGGGAUAGUGUAGACUCUAAAUUGUUCAAAUCAUGACCCCCGGGGGUUGGGCAGGGCCACAAUGGGGAAUCAAAGUUUUACAAAGAAAUAUAUAGGAAAAAUCUUUGAAAAUCUUCUUCUCAAGAACCACUGGGCCAAUAAGGCUGAAACUUAUGUGGAGGCACCCUGGGAUAAUGUAGAUUCUUAAUUGUCCAAAUCAUGACCUUCGGGGGUUGGGCGGGGCCACAAUGGGGAAUCAAAGUUUUACAUAGAAAUAUAUUGGAAAAAUCUUUAAAAAUCUUCUUCUCCAGAACCACAGGUCCAGAAAAGCUGAAACUGAUGUGGAAGCAACCUGGGGUACUGUAGAUUUUAAAUUGUUCAAAUCAUGACCCCAGGGGGUUGGGCGGGGCCACAAUGGGGAAUCAAAGUUUUACAAAGAAAUAUAUAGGAAAAAUCUUUGAAAAUCUUCUUCUCAAGAACCACUGGGCCAAUAAGGCUGAAACUUAAGUGGAGGCACCCUGGGGUAGUGUAGAUUCUAAAUUGUUCAAAUCAUGACCCCCGGGGGUUGGGCGGGGCCACAAUGGGGAAUCAAAGUUUUACAUAGAAAUAUAUUGGAAAAAUCUUUGAAAAUCUUCUUCUCAAGAACCACUGGGCCAGAAAAGCUGAAACUGAUGUGGAAGCACCCUGGGGUAGUGUAGAUUCUAAAUUGUUCAAAUCAUGACCCCCGGGGGUUGGGCGGGGCCACAAUGGGGAAUCCAAGUUUUACAUAGAAAUAUAUAGGAAAAAUCUUUUAAAAUCCUCUUCUCAAAAACCACUGGGCCAGAAAAGCUGAAACUGAUGUGGAAGCACCCUGGGGUAGUGUAGAUUCUAAAUUGUUCAAAUCAUGACCCCCGGGGGUUGGGCGGGGCCACAAUGGGGAAUCAAAAUUUUACAUAGAAAUAUAUAGGAAAAAUCUUUGAAAAUCUUCUUCUCAAGAACCACUGGGCCAGAAAAGCUGAAACUCAUGUGGAAGCAUUGUGGGUUAAUGUAGAUUCUAAAUUGUACAAAUCAUGACCUUCGGGGGUUGGGCGGGGCCACAAUGGGGAAUCAAAGUUUUACAUAGAAAUAUAUAGGAAAAAUCUUUAAAAAUCUUCUUCUCAAGAACCACUGGGCCAGAAAAGCUGAAACUGAUGUAGAAGCACCCUGGGGUACUGUAGAUUCUAAAUUUUUCAAAUCAUGACCCCCGGGGGUAGGCGGGGCCACAAUAUGUAUUACAAGGGGGAAAUCUGGUAAAGACCAAUAUGACAAA